CUCAACCACGAACCAUCAUCUCCUCCACCUAAGCCACCUAAACCCCCUCGGCCACAAACAACUGCUCCUACACAUAAACCACCUCCUCGACCUUCUCGAUCUCCUCCACCGUCCCCUCCACCAGCAUCAUCUAGUGAAACAACGCCUCACGCACCCGUCUCAACAAAACAUCAUCCACCUCCAACGCCAGAAGUACGCUCAACAACUACUCGUUCAACUACUGCAGAAGAGCACCUAAUCACUGUUCCACUAGUGGAUGACGAAGGGACGGAUCAGGAAACAUCGAAAUACAGCGGCCGGACAGUGAAGUCAGUCAUGCCAAACUUUAGGCGUUUAGAUUUGAGGCUAAGGGAUCAUGCGAAGAAAUCGUCAUUCGACCUUGCCGAUGAGCAAUUUGUUUUUAUGAAGUCUAUCAGGGAAUUCAAAAGAUAG